UUUAAUGCUCUGAUAUAUGUGACAAUGUGUGUUGGUACCUUGUUGAUGAUAAAUUUCUAACAUUUAUAACCUCAUAGCUCAUAAUUAAAAAUGAAUCAAGCUAAAGUUACAAAUUUAGUAUCACAAUUAAAUUUUAAAGUUCAGGAUAAAGCUAGAAGACUUAAAAGUUUUGAUGGACCUGAAGGUAGAGUUAGAAAAAUCCAAAAAUCAUUGACAGCUCUUUUCAAAUAUGAAAGAAUUGAAUUGUUUUAUAACCGUGCCGAUGAAGUUAGAGGUUACGCUGACAGGCUGAUAUCAGAAGCUAUUCGUCAUGGACCGAGUCACGAGGAAACAAUGGGCCUGGCUGACUUUUGGAUUUUAGAAAAGCAGUAUGUUCACAAAUUAUUUAAAGUUUUGGUACCGAGAUAUCAAGACUACUCAAAUACGUCCUUUACUAAAAUGCAUCGACUUGAAAAACGUUAUCCCGAUGCUUGUUACUGGAACUCUGUUCUUGAACUUAAAGGAAAUCCUUUUCCAAGUAUAGACCAAAUUAAUCCAUAUAAGAGUCAACUAAUCCACAAUGUGCUGCUGGAUGAAGCUAGAAAAGAAUUUAGAUUACAGAAAUACAAAGAUCUUGCUGAUAAUCUUACCCAAUAAAUCCCGAGUAAAUAAAUAUAUUAAUUAACUUAUAUUAUAAAUAUAUUUCAUUAAAAAUAGACAUUUUAUUAAUAAAUUCAACAAUAUAAAAAUUA